CUCCCCUCCCUCGGGCCCAGGCUCCUGUCGCCGCCGCCGCGCCCUGCCCCGGGCCCGGCUGCCCUCCGCCUCCGUUGCCCUCGCAUCGCCCGCUCGCCGUCGGCCGGCCGGCCGGAGGGAGGGAGGGAGCGAGCGAGCAAGCAUGCAGAGGGCCGCGUUCUUCAGCGGCGGCGAUGCGCAGAUGGCCGCCGGGGACCUGGGCGAGCUGCUCGUCCCCUACAUGCCCACGAUCCGGGUGCCCAAGUCAGGGGACCGGGUCUACAAGACGGAGUGUGCCUUCUCCUACGACUCGCCUGAAUCAGAAGGAGGUCUCUAUGUGUGCAUGAACACGUUUCUGGGAUUUGGAAGGGAACACAUUGAAAGGCAUUACCGGAAAACAGGACAGUGUGUGUAUUUGCAUCUGAAACGACAUGUGAUAGAGAAGGUACCAGGGGCAUCUGGUGGAGCUUUACCAAAAAGGAGGAAUGCUAAGCUAUUUUUAGAUGUAGAGACAAACAGUGAUCUCAACAAUGAUGACUUUGAAUAUGAAGAUGAAGCAAAACUCGUUAUAUUUCCUGAUCACUAUGAAAUCUUAUUACCCAAUAUAGAAGAGUUACCAGCACUGGUGACAAUAGCUUGUGAUGCUCUCCUCAGUGCAAAAUCACCCUACAGGAAGCAGGACCCUGACUCCUGGGAAGAAGAGCUACAGGCAUCUAAACAUGCCAAAACACUUGUACAGUUAGACAAUGGUGUUAGAAUUCCCCCCAGUGGUUGGAAAUGCUCAAAAUGUGACCUGCGGGAGAAUCUGUGGCUAAACCUGACAGAUGGUUCUGUGCUAUGUGGAAAGUGGUUCUUUGAUGGCAGUGGGGGGAACGGGCAUGCAAUGGAGCACUACAAGGAGACGGGUUAUCCUCUGGCAGUGAAGUUGGGAACCAUCACUCCUGAUGGAGCAGAUGUCUAUUCCUUUGAUGAAGAGGAGCCGGUUUUAGAUCCGCAUAUAGCAAAACAUUUGGCACACUUUGGAAUUGAUAUGCUGCAGAUGCAAGUGACAGAGAAUGGGCUAAGAGAUAAUGAUAUAAAACCAAGAGUCUCUGAAUGGGAAGUGAUUCAGGAAGCUGGCGUGAAACUCAAGCCCAUGUAUGGCCCAGGAUACACCGGCAUGAAGAACCUGGGAAAUAGCUGCUACCUCAAUGCUGUCAUGCAAGCCAUUUUCAGCAUCCCAGAGUUCCAGCGAGCGUAUGUGGGAAACCUUCCACGAAUAUUUGACUACUCUCCUCUUGAUCCAACACAAGAUUUCAACACUCAGAUGGCUAAAUUGGGACACGGCCUCCUUUCAGGCCAGUACUCUAAGCCACCCAUGAAAUCUGAGCUUAUUGAGCAGGUGAUGAAAGAAGAACACAAGCCUCAACACAAUGGAAUAUCUCCCCGAAUGUUUAAGGCUUUUAUAAGUAAAGGCCAUCCAGAAUUUUCCUCUAAUAGACAACAAGACGCACAGGAAUUUUUCCUACAUCUUAUAAAUCUAGUAGAGAGGAACCCUGUAGGUUCAGAAAAUCCUAGUGAUGUUUUCCGGUUCCUGGUGGAAGAACGCACACAAUGCUGCCAGUCCAGAAAGGUCCGCUACACAGAGAGGGUGGACUAUAUCAUGCAGUUACCUGUUGCCAUGGAGGCAGCAACAAACAAAGAUGAAUUAAUUGCCUAUGAAUUGAAGAGGAGAGAAGCAGAAGCUGCAAGGAGACCUCCACCAGAGCUUGUCCGUGCCAAGAUACCAUUUAGUGCGUGUCUGCAGGCCUUUUCUGAACCAAACAAUGUAGAGGAUUUCUGGAGCAGUGCCCUUCAAGCAAAAUCUGCAGGAGUUAAGACUUCUCGUUUUGCUUCGUUUCCUGAGUAUUUAGUGGUGCAGAUAAAGAAAUUCACCUUUGGCCUUGAUUGGAUACCCAAAAAGCUCGAUGUUUCUAUAGACAUGCCAGACUUCCUAGAUAUCAACCACCUUCGGGCCAGGGGACUCCAGCCAGGAGAAGAGGAACUUCCAGACAUUGCUCCUCCCAUUAUCAUUCCUGAUGACCCAAAAGAUCGUAUGACAAACCAUUUCGUGGAGUCUCUAGAUAUUGAUGAGUCUUCAGUUAUGCAACUGGCAGAGAUGGGUUUUCCUUUGGAAGCGUGUCGGAAAGCUGUGUACUACACAGGCAACCUGGGUGCUGAAGUCGCUUUCAACUGGAUCAUUGCACACAUGGAAGAACCAGACUUUGCUGAGCCAUUGGUCAUACCUGCAUUUGGAGAAGUUGCUUCCAGUGGAGCAGCUGUGUUUGGAGCUGUUGGGCUAGAUAACCAACCUCCCGAAGAGAUGGUUGCAAUUAUCAUUUCCAUGGGCUUCCAAAGGAAUCUAGCAAUUCAAGCGCUGAAGGCAACAAACAAUAAUUUGGAGCGUGCACUGGAAUGGAUCUUCAGCCACCCUGAACUCGAGGAAGAAAGUGAGCCUGCUUUGGACAUGAUGGAUAUGGAGAACAAUGCUAAUGCCAAUAUCCUUGCAGAGACAGGGUCGGAGGGACCCAGGAUCAAAGAUGGGUCUGGAAGAUAUGAGCUGUUUGGGUUCAUCAGCCACAUGGGAACAUCCACAAUGAGUGGCCACUAUGUUUGUCAUCUCAAAAAAGAAGGAAGAUGGGUGAUCUACAAUGACCUUAGAGUCUGUGCCUCAGAACGACCUCCCAAAGACCUGGGCUACAUUUAUUUUUACCACAGGAUACCAAGUUAGGCCUCAAAUCUAUUACCUGGCCUUAAGAAGCCAUAAGCCUUUUUAACCUGCCCAAAAAAGUGUACAAUAAAAAAGAAAAUCUAAAACCAACAAAAGACCCCUAAUCCUUGGACUGCCAAAAAGCAAAGGAAAACAUGGGAUAUUUAUAGUUUAUUUAAAAACAGUCAUUUGAUGCCGCCUUAAGUGUUAGAGGGAAAAUUUCUAUUAGGUGAUGUAUAGUAUGUUGUUUUAAAUUUAUACACCUUAAAGGGUACCUUAAGACCAUGCAGAUUACUGGUGGAGUUUGCAGCUAGUAAAUGGAGAAGAUGGAAUUUUCAGAGUUGAACAAAAAUAGCCCAGUUCAGCCCACCUCCUGCCUGUUCUGUACAUGCAUGUGUUGAAGACCACAAAGAAAUAUUUGCAUCUUUGGUAACUGGGAACCAGUGUUUUCAACCAGACUCCAGACCGCUUAGGAGAAAUCAUAUUGCAUAUAAAGUUGGAGGAAGGGGGUAUGUGAGUGUUCUUCAAAGCAGAAUGUCUUAUUUGAGAGAUGAUUUUUGGUACAGUGAGAAAAGUCAACUAAAGUUAUAUCUGUUGGAAUUCAGUUUUAUAGUAUUUUGGUUUGCCUUUUUGAUGUGUAAACCUAAGAAACUAAUGGAGAUGGAAGCAAUCUCCUGUCAGUGCCCUGUAUAUUUUCUGCCAAAGAGAAAUAGUAGAUUUUAUUUUUGCAGACAUAGGUUUUUUCAUAUUCUCUUGGAUGUUUGUUUUGCAAGUUCUUCCAACAGAUUCAGGAUUACAGAUGGCUAAAAGAAUCAGACUUUCUGACUAUAAAAUUAAAUGCAUACCCUCAGGAAGGGCAAGGCUAUUAUUUAAAUUUUAUUUUCUUAUGAAGGAGGUAAAGAAGGGGUAAUGUCCCAUUAUAUUUAUUUCAGGGAAAUUUGCAUCUAGACCACUCACAUUCCAGCUGAAAUCAACUCCCUGACAAAGUACUCACAGUGCAAUUGUGCUUUCUGCCAAAGAUUGCUUAUUUAGUUCCAUCCAUGAGUGAGGGAAAUUGCUUAGUAAAAUAGCUGAUUUAUUGAUUUGCCCCUCUCUCCUCCCUCCCUUUAAAAAAAAAAAAAUCCAAAACCCCAAAAAAUCAAUAACAAAAACCAAACAACAAAGGAAAACCCCACUUUGAAAUGAUGUUUCAGCUUUCUUAAAACUUGCAAACACACCAAUAAUCUGAUUGCUUCAACAGACACCUUCUAAAAGGGGUUUUAUAUAUCUGGCAGGGAUGAAGGGGUGGGUAGGUAGGGGCUGGCCUUUCCUGUUUUGUUUUGUUUUCUUUGGGUUGUUAUUUCACUUUGUAUCACAGACAAGAAUUUAUAUGUGGGUUUUUAAAUUGUAUUUGAAAACACUAAUUCUAGAAAAAAUACAAUGGUGAGUGCAAAACCUUUCAUGAUUCCAAAAAACCCCCAAAGGCUUACAGUGUUGGCCACUGCUUAGAGACUGUUGCUGGAGUUGCCUCAUAUAAUCUUACUGAGCCCUCAAAAUAAAUUGGAACAGUCAAAAAAAAAAAAAAAAUCCUCCUUACAGAGAGAGAGAGAGAGGCAGGGAGGUGUAAUUACAUUUUCUCUGCAGUCAGUGUCUGCAAGUUUAAUAGCAAAAUUCAGGCAGCUACACACUACAGAAGAGAGCCCAAAUUAAAAAUCUGGUUAUGAGCAGGGCAUUUUUUCCAGCAUUUGGGGAAAAAUAGUUCUCCCUCUGGUCAUAUAGCCUCAUGCAGAGCCAAAAAAACACUGCUGAUUUUUUUAAAUCAAUUUUUUGAUCUUAAAAGAUUAUGAGAGAAAUUCUAGUGCAAUAAUUCUGUAGAGUGUAAAUGGUGCCUAAUUGCUGGGAAAGCUUCUGGCAUUUAGUGCCCUUAUUGACACAAAAGAACGGUGGCGUCCUAGCACAAUAGUAAGUGGCUCCUGUGAGAUUCAGCUGCCUUGUAAUUACUGAGCCACCAGUUCUGGACAAAAUAAAAGCUGCCAGAAAUUUUUUUCCUUCUUCCAGGUUUUGAGUAUUUGUGUAUUUCACCAGAAAAUGCCAGAUUUGACAAUGGGAUCAGCAAAUUAUGCAGUGAUACAUCUUCUAUAUAAAGUGAAAGAACAAAACUUCCAUAUAUCUAUGUCUGUGGUUUUUCAUUCUGGCAGUAGAAAACGGACAAAAGGCCUCUUUUUUUCUCUUUUUUUCUCUUUUUUCUCCCCUCUCUCCCCUCUCUCCCCUCUCUCUCCUCUCUUUUCUUUUUUCUCUUUUCUUUUUUCUCUUUUCUUUUUUCUCUUUUCUUUUUUCCUUAUGCACAGUUAUAUUCCAAGGAAGUUCAGCACAACAGCUUCACUCUUGCCUCAUGAACUUAAAGGGCUAUUUAUAGACUAACAGGAUCUGGUGGCCACUACCUUUUUAUUUAGAAACCUUGGGUAAAUGAAGGCCAAUAGAUUAGUUCACAUGUUCAUUAUUAAACUGGAAACAUGGCUGGUCUCAUAGGAUUAAGGAUGGAGCUUGGACUCUUGCAAACCAUUUGUCUGGUACAUCCCAAAACUGGAAUAGCUGUGGGACUGAUUGAUCUCAGUUAAUAGGAGGCACACUUGAUAAACUGGAAAUGGUAAAUGAAAGGUGGGAGCCAUUUGCUGGCUGUGAUAGAUGAACUGUAGCACCUCAGCUUCUGAAAUUCUUUUCAGUUCAUCACUCUUGUGUACUGCCUGCCUAAACUACCAAGUGGGUCAGAAGUGCAGAGAGCAGUUUAGGUGAAAGGCUUAUGGAUCUUCUAAAAUUUAGGGCUUGAAAAUGUGUUAAAAGUUCUUCAGCUGUUUGAGGAACUACUUUAGUAUUUCCCAAAGUAGUGGCUUCCCUCCUUUUUCAAAUGGCCAGUUAAGUCAUUUCACUUUUGCAAUGGGUUAUGUGUGAAGAACAUCAUGAAUCUGCAGGAGCAGGAUGUAAAUUCCUGACUCUUCAGCCUAAUGUGGGGGAGAGGACUUUGGUUUUUUAAACUUCAGCAUUCAGAAGCCACACUCAAACAGACUGUACUGAAUAGAUGACUAAUUUAUCAAGCUUUGCCUGCUAAAAUUUGUAUGCAAUUAAUUGUGCUGGCCCAGGCCUCAGUGCACAACCUGGGCAAGUGGCUGAUGGGGAAACUCCAUGUGUCUGGGUACUGUAAUAGCUGUUAGGGGGUUAGGUGUGCUGAGAGGUUCUUGACAAAAAAGGAUGGAGGAAGAAAAAUCGCUGUGAGCUCUUUGAGACAAUCUAACCUGAAAAUUAUGGCAAGCCAGGAGCUGGCAGCAAAUAAUAAUGCUCUUAUUUCUCUGACUGAUUUUUACUUUUUCAUGUGAUACAUCCAGGUUAGGAGAGUGGAAGGAAGAAAAACUCAACAACUUUUCCUUGUUUUCCUUUUCUCCUCUCAUUCCUAGCAGCGUGCUGGAUCCAGUAGACCCCUCAUUCUGAGUCACAGUUUCCAGUCUCCAAAACACAUGUAGGCACAAACUCCUAUUUAAUCUUCCUAGCUAAAAUAUAAUUAGGAUAAAAAUUUAAUUUAUUCAAAGCUGUGGUUUAAAAACAAGUCUAGAUGUUUCUGGACUACUAUCACUUGUAAUUCUACUGGGUUCAGUGGCAUUACUUCUGACUUACUUUGGUGUAACUGAAACCAGCAUUAGUCCAGUUUCUUUGAUUCAGACAGCCUCCACUGGGUUGUAGAGUACAUUCUGAAUACAGCUGCAACCAGAGCUCAUUAGAUUGCUUUAGAACUAUCUCCAAUUCAUUCCUGUUGUUCUCCAUCCUGGCAGCAGCCAUUUUUAUCAUCUUUGCUAUUUUCAUGCAAUGACAGACUAUGCAAAAUAUGUAACUGGACUUAACUUUUUAUUCUUUUCCCAUCGCCUUUCCUAUCUGAAUGGCUGAGGUCAGUUUCUGAUUUCUAUUCACUCCUCAGUGAUUUUACUGUUGUAUCCUGGAAGUGUCUGUACUGGUUUACUUUGCACCAGAGUUGUUUGCUUGAAGCACUGUUAACAGUUUGGAGAGUAUUUGUCUGAGAUCAGAAAGGUUGUGAAAGACAUUGUUGCAACUGUUUUAAAUUAAAAAGAAAUAUUCUCACA